AUGCUCCCAACCGACGACGCUGGCGCUCAGGGCCACACCCUCUCCGCUCAAGAUUGGAGCCAAUACAAGCAGAUCAUCUACGACCUUUACAUCAGUCAAAACCUGCCCUUGACGACUAUCCGUGAGCGCCUUCUAGACGAAUACUCUUUCCAUGCCAGUAUACCACAGUAUAAACGAAAGCUUAAAGAAUGGAGAUAUUCCAAAAAUCUCAAAGCUUCGACCUGCAAAGCUCUCGGUGACAGUUUGGAACGGCGAGGUCUCACUGGCACAAAUGCUGUCACAGAAAUCAACGGCGUCACUCUGAGCUCCAAGAGACUGCAAAGGGCUCUGAGGAGGCACCACAUCCCAACUUUGAAGCGAAAAUUUGGGUUGGAGCAAAGGGCCUCCACUCCCGAAGGCAUCUCUUUUCGAGGGUCCUCCGUGGAGCCUACGACCCCAUUUCCCCGUAUUGCAGCAAUCGAAGUCCCAUCAGGUGUCAAAUACACCUUACAGCUGCAGCUGUCCCAUCCAAUGGCGGUAUUGCUCGAUGAUACCAGCCCACCUGAGAUUGAACCUCCUAUCAAUUGCCUUGCUAAGACGGGAUUAUCACAGCCUCGCUCAGAAAGGCCCAGAGGGUCUUCCAACGAUCACCUUGCUGUCCCCGCCGUCGAGUUCAUAUAUCUAGACGAUUCCAGGCAGCCAUCAACAGCCAAGACGCGAAGGGAAGCAGCCGCGGCGAGACUUCUCAACUACCUUCCCCUGCAGGAGCCUGACCGCGUGAUUCAGGACCUCGAUAUUUUGAUACAUCAAGAUGGAAGCAUUGACCUCACUUUACUUACCAGCAAUAUCACAGAUCUCUGUGCAAACAAUUUCCUAAAUGACAUCCACAGAAUCCGCUCCGUGGAAUGCUUAGUACUCGAAUAUCUUCUAUCAGCAGGUGCUGACCCGAACGCACCGCUCAGAGACUGCUCCUUUGACAGGGAAACGCUUCUUCAAUUUGCAGUCAAGAGGGAAAACACCGACCUGAUUAAGUUGCUGCUACGUUACGGAGCAGACGCCAAUGCGCCUCCUACUCAGGGCUACAGAUGGACAGCUUUACAAGCCGCAAGUAAAGGUGGGAACUUAGAACUUGUGGAACUACUACUCAACUAUAGAGCGGACGUCAAUGCACCUCCUGCUGAGACCGGAGGGCGUACAGCAUUACAAGCCGCAAGUGGGUAUGGGAACUUACAAGUUGUGGAACUCCUACUCAACCAUAAAGCGGACGUUAAUGCACCUCCUGCUGAGCGCUUUGGGCGUACAGCUUUACAAGCUGCAAGUGAGGGUGAGAACAUCCAAAUAGUGGAACUGCUGCUCAAGCAUGAAGCGGACGUCAAUGCGCCGCCCACCAGGUGGGGUGGACUAAACGCUCUUCAAGCUGCCGCAGAGAAGGGCAACCUUACGAUUGCGCAGCUGCUUCUUGCAGCUGGAGCAGACGUCGGUGCCCCGAUGGGCGGAUUGGCGAUACAACAGCAAUCAAUGCUGCAGCUAGUUUCGGGGAUCUGA